AUGGGGCAGGAGGGUGCGCCCACCACGAGUGAGGCGGGCCACAGUGACUUCUUUUCUGAACAGAACAGCUUGGCAGAGGGCCUGGCAUACAACAUCUUGAAACAGAGAGAAGGACAGAGUGGGACAGACGGCAAGAGCCGUGCCGAGUUAUUUGCACUUAAGCUUGAGAGGGAACGGAGUUCCAUGCUGUCGGCUGAAGACAUAAAGCAAGCAUGUGACAUUGUGCAAGAGGAGGCAACCCUUGCAGAUGAGAAUGGUGUGGAGUACAUUGAUUAUGAAGGCUUGACUCGUGUGCAAGAUCGUUGCCACGAUUUGUGGGGCUCUGAGCUUGACCGAUGCUUUCGAGCCAGCACAUUUCUCAAACUGCGGGGAUUAGGAGGCUCUGUCCCAGCAGGAAGCCUGACAGAGUACAUCAAACGUUAUGUAGACAUGCGAAAACUGCAUCUGGAUCUUAGCACCUACGAUCGAGAAGGCUGUGGGAUUGUGGCACUCAAAGGGCUCGAGGAGUACCUGGGGCACUGCCAGCUAUUUGAAAGGCAAGGCAUGGACAAGAAGCGCAUCCAACAAGCUAAUCAGGUUGCUGUCCAGAAGUUUGCAUUUCACCAUGUGCUUCGGAACGAACAAAUGCGUGUGGUGGACCUGCUGACCAGCACAGUUAUGGAGGAGCUGCAGGAGGUGAGGAGGGCGAUGGAGUCAGCGACUGACAGGAGGAGAGUGGCAGACUCAGGCAGCUGGUUUUCAAGACAGGUGAUCGAAACGGUCCUCGAUUCGUUCUUUGACUUGUCUGGGCCAACAGGAGGUGACAGGGUCACAUUACAGAUGCUUCUAGAAUUUGAGGGCACCAAGUUUUCCGAAUUGUUUGUGAGGCGCCUAUUUGAGGAGCACGUCUCCAGCUCAAGGGCAGGUGAGGAAGGGGUUUCAAGCUCAGGUGACAAGGGGAGAACGGAGGGGACCAUGGGAUUGAUGGACUUCACCAGAUUCGUGGUUGCCUGGCGGGACCGCUCCAGCAAAGCUGCUGUGCGAUAUUUCUUUUCCAUCUUUGACGCUCAGAAUCAUGGGUACUUGGACUAUGUCGACGUUCGGACGUUCUUCAAGGAGAUACACGAGUUGUGGAAGGGAUCCGGCCAGGACAGCCAGGACGAACCAGGCAUGUGCGAAAACGUCGUGAACGAAAUUUUUGCCAUGGUGAACCCAGCAUCCCCCGGUCGAAUAACGAAAGACGACCUGUUCAAGUGCGGCAAGGCAGUGACGGUGAUAGGCAUCCUGUCGGACAUGUGGGAAUUCUACAGGCAUGAACACGGAGAGGGAGAAGCUGGGCUGGAAGGAGAGGGCUUUGUGGAGUUGUAG